AUGGGCAUGGGAAAAAUCAAGGUGGAAAUGGAGAAAUUCAAAUUGCCCAAACAUUCCCCAAAAACAUGGAAUUCCCAUGGAUUGAUAAAUCACAAGUGGCAGCUGCUGCUGGGGAGGGGCAGCUCCUCCUACUCGCAGCUGCUGGCAGCCACCUGCCUUACCAAGCUGGUGUCCCGCACCAACAACCCCCUGCCCCUGGAGCAGCGCGUGGACAUCCGGAAUUACGUGCUGAACUACCUGGCCACGCGGCCCAAGCUGGCGACGUUCGUGACGCAGGCGCUGAUCCAGCUCUACGCCAGGAUCACCAAGCUGGGCUGGUUCGACUGCCAGAAGGACGAGUACGUCUUCAGGAACGUCAUCAACGAUGUCACCAGGUUCCUGCAGGACAGUGUAGAGCACUGCAUCAUAGGAGUGACAAUCCUGUCCCAAUUAACAAAUGAAAUUAAUCAAGCAGACACGAGCCACCCCCUGACCAAGCACCGGAAAAUCGCCUCCUCCUUCCGCGACUCCUCGCUCUUCGACAUCUUCACCCUGUCCUGCAGCCUGCUCAAACAGGCUUCUGGGAAGAACCUGAACCUGAACGAUGAGAGCCAGCACGGGCUGCUGAUGCAGCUGCUCAAGCUCACCCACAACUGCCUGAACUUCGACUUCAUCGGCACCUCCACGGACGAGUCCUCGGACGACCUGUGCACGGUGCAGAUCCCCACCAGCUGGAGAUCAGCAUUCUUGGAUUCCUCGACCCUUCAGUUGUUUUUUGAUCUUUAUCAUUCCAUCCCUCCUUCGUUUUCUCCUCUGGUUUUGUCGUGCUUGGUGCAGAUCGCCUCCGUGCGCCGCUCGCUGUUCAACAACGCCGAGCGCGCCAAGUUCCUGUCCCACCUGGUGGAUGGAGUGAAACGGAUCCUGGAGAACCCCCAGAGUUUGUCAGACCCCAACAAUUACCACGAGUUCUGCCGGCUGCUGGCGCGGUUGAAAAGCAAUUACCAGCUGGGAGAGCUGGUGAAGGUGGAGAACUACCCCGAGGUGAUCCGGCUGAUCGCCAACUUCACCGUCACCAGCCUGCAGCACUGGGAAUUCGCCCCCAACAGCGUGCACUACCUGCUGAGCCUGUGGCAGCGCCUGGCUGCCUCGGUGCCCUACGUCAAGGCCACGGAGCCGCACAUGCUGGAGACGUACACGCCCGAGGUGACCAAAGCCUACAUCACCUCCCGCCUGGAGUCCGUGCACAUCAUCCUCAGGGAUGGCCUGGAGGACCCUCUGGAGGACACGGGGCUGGUGCAGCAGCAGCUGGACCAGCUCUCCACCAUCGGCCGCUGCGAGUACGAGAAGACGUGCGCGCUGCUGGUGCAGCUCUUCGACCAGGCUGCCCAGUCCUACCAGGAGCUGCUGCAGAGCGCCAGCGCCAGCCCCAUGGACCUGGCCGUGCAGGAGGGCCGCCUGACGUGGCUGGUGUACAUCAUCGGCGCGGUCAUCGGCGGCCGGGUGUCGUUUGCCAGCACGGACGAGCAGGACGCCAUGGACGGGGAGCUGGUCUGCAGGGUGCUGCAGCUGAUGAACCUGACGGACUCGCGGCUGGCGCAGGCGGGCAAUGAGAAGCUGGAGCUGGCCAUGCUCAGCUUCUUCGAGCAGUUCCGCAAGAUCUACAUCGGGGACCAGGUGCAGAAAUCCUCCAAGCUGUACCGGAGGCUCUCGGAGGUGCUGGGGCUGAACGAUGAGACCAUGGUGCUGAGCGUCUUCAUUGGCAAGAUCAUCACCAACCUGAAGUACUGGGGUCGCUGUGAGCCCAUCACCUCCAAGACUCUGCAGCUGCUCAACGACCUCUCCAUUGGGUACAGCAGCGUGCGGAAGCUGGUGAAGCUCAGCGCCGUGCAGUUCAUGCUCAACAACCACACGAGCGAGCACUUUUCCUUCCUGGGCAUCAACAACCAGUCCAACCUGACGGACAUGCGCUGCCGCACCACCUUCUACACGGCCCUGGGCCGCCUCCUCAUGGUGGAUUUAGGGGAGGACGAGGAUCAGUACGAGCAGUUCAUGCUGCCCCUCACCGCUGCCUUCGAGACCGUGGCUCAGAUGUUCAGCACCAACUCCUUCAACGAGCAGGAGGCCAAGCGCACGCUGGUGGGGCUGGUGCGGGACCUGCGCGGCAUCGCCUUCGCCUUCAACGCCAAGAGCAGCUUCAUGAUGCUCUUCGAGUGGAUUUACCCCUCGUACAUGCCCAUCCUGCAGAGAGCCAUCGAGCUCUGGUACCACGACCCCGCCUGCACCACGCCCGUCCUCAAACUCAUGGCUGAGCUGGUCCACAACAGAUUUUGGAUGGGGAUGGAUUUUCAGUCCUGGGGUGGUUUGGAAGCCCUGGCACGGUGACCCCAACCGGGAAUUCCUGCAGGGAAUCGCAUCCUGACGCUGGGGGAGGUGCCCAAGGACCAGGUGUACGCGCUGAAGCUGAAGGGAAUCUCCAUCUGCUUCUCCAUGCUGAAGGCGGCGCUGAGCGGCAGCUACGUCAACUUCGGCGUCUUCCGGCUCUACGGCGACGACGCGCUGGACAACGCGCUGCAGACCUUCAUCAAGCUGCUGCUGUCCAUCCCCCACAGCGACCUGCUGGAUUAUCCCAAACUGAGCCAAUCCUAUUAUUCCCUGCUGGAAGUGCUGACCCAGGACCACAUGAACUUCAUCGCCAGCCUGGAGCCCCACGUGAUCAUGUACAUCCUGUCCUCCAUCUCCGAGGGGCUCACCGCGCUCGACACCAUGGUGUGCACGGGCUGCUGCUCCUGCCUGGACCACAUCGUCACCUACCUGUUCAAGCAGCUCUCGCGCAGCACCAAGAAGAGAUCGACGCCGCUGGCGCAGGAGAGCGAUCGCUUCCUGCACAUCAUGCAGCAGCACCCCGAGAUGAUCCAGCAGAUGCUCUCCACGGUGCUGAACAUCAUCAUCUUCGAGGACUGCCGGAACCAGUGGUCCAUGAGCCGGCCCCUGCUCGGCCUCAUCCUGCUCAACGAGAAGUACUUCUCGGACCUGCGGAACAGCAUUGUGAACAGCCAGCCCCCCGAGAAGCAGCAGGCCAUGCACCUGUGCUUCGAGAACCUGAUGGAGGGCAUCGAGCGCAACCUGCUCACCAAGAACAGGGACAGGUUCACCCAGAACCUGUCGGCGUUCCGGAGGGAGGUCAACGACUCCAUGAAGAACUCGAGCUACGGCGUCAACAGCAACGACAUGAUGAGCUGACACUGCCAGCCAGGAGCAUCCCCAAAAUCCCCAGGGAGGAGGGAGCAGCAGGUUCAGCUCACCUGGGCAGGUGUUUUUCCCAUGGGGAAGGGACAGAAUCCAGGUGCAGGAAUUCCAAGGUGUUGUCUCUCUCUU